ACUCUUUCCUUAAUAAUGCUGUCAGAAUCAAGCUGUUUUGCUUAACUCCAACGAAGGGCUUAUUCCUCCUUUCGAUGGCUCAAAUAGGUUUAAUUCCACCCCUAACUUCAAUUAUAUUCUUUCUCCAUGUAUGAUUAUUCUAAAUCAUUAUGACUUUAGUUUUGAAUAUAAAUUGCUAUGGGUUUAUUCAUGAAAAUUUCAGGCCUGUAAUCUUAUUCUUCUCCAGGUGAGAUAAAUAUCAUUGCUUUCAUAUUUACUGUCCAGUUUAAUACUCCGAAAAAAUGACAACUGGUAUAGUUUCAAAAAAUAUCUUGAUCGUUGGUGGUGCUUUUGGCGGUCUUUCAGCACUUAAAUCAAUUAUCAAUAACAUUACCAAAAACCAAACAGCUUAUUCAAGUGCCUUGUCAAAUAAAAAUAUUCUCAAAUUGAAUCUAGAUAUCACCGUUUUAGAACCAAGAAAUGGGUUUAUCAAUAUUUUGGGUAUUCCACUAGCUUUACUUGAUCUAAAGCAUGCAAAUGAGUCUUAUUUUGAGUAUAAUCAAAAAACUUUAAACUUGCCAAUCAAUAAUACUCUAAACAUAUCAGAUAGUAUUAUUAUUAAGAUCAAUCACAUAAAGGACCGCUGCCAUCGAUUGUAUUCCGAUCAUGCUAUAACGAGUUCCAAUCAGGUUUUAAAUUUUGACUAUUGUUCGGUAUCAACUGGCAGGACGAGAAACUGGCCAUUGGAUCCCAAGGGCUUGACUAGGCUGCAAUUUGUUGAUGAGAUGGGACAAUCCCUUAAAAAAAUCAAAUCUGCUAAUUCAGUGGUUGUAAUCGGCGGUGGUGCAUUGGGUGUCGAAGUAGCAGGGGAGAUAAAACAACAUUACCCCGAUAAAUCUGUUAAACUAAUCCAUCCACAUGCAAAUAUUUUAAAAGAGCCAAAAUUACCCAAGGAAUUUGCUGAAAAAUCCACUGAGAUCUUGCAAAACGUUAUUGGAAAAGAAAAUACUCUUUUGAAUACAAGAGUAUUGGAUGAGAUCAAAAAGGGCAAUAAUAAAAAUGAUGGAUUAAUAACUUUGAUUACCAAUAAUCCAGAGCAUAAAGAAAUAAAAGCUGAUUUAGUUUAUUGGUGCAAUUCUCAUAAAAAUAAUAUUGAUUAUCUUAAAUUUGAGAACUCGCCAUUUUUAGGCUCAUUGAACCAAUUUGAUCAAGUUAGAAUCAACAAUGAUUGCUCUAUUAAGGGCUUUGAAGAUAAGAUCUUUGCAGCUGGUGAUAUCACAGAUUUGGAUUUUGUUAAAAGUGCUGGAGGUGCAAUGCAUUGUGGAGGAAUUUCUGGCGACAACAUCUCAAAUGUCAUCUUUUCUGAGUUUAAUGCUCAAAACUUACCAAAAAGUUUCAUAACCCUACCCGGAGCCCAUAUGUCUGUUACUUUUGGUAAUAAAAGUGUUAUCACUUGUACUGGUGAAGGCGAGAUUUUAUUCAAUGCACCAAGGGCUUUGAUGAAGUAUACUGAUUACUGCAAUAAAUUAGUUUCAAAAAAAUUAGACCUCGGUUUAGAUUCACGAUUAUAAAUAAUUACUUUUCUUUUGUUUUCACUUGUUUUAUUUCUCAAUGAGCUGGUUUAAUUGAUAUACAAAUCUAUUGCAAUUAUAAAAAAAAAUAUAUGUAAGUUUAAAGAAAUCUCAUUUACAUCCGCUGAUUUCCGUUAAAUAUAAUUAUGUUUCCGCAAAUAAUAUCCAAGAUACAACCGUACCUCCGUAUCCGGAAAGCCACCC